UCCCACCGACUGAGAGACGGUGGGAGUUAGCUCUAUAAUGGCGGCUGCGGUCUUGCUGUCGGCUGAGGGCCCCGGUCCCGGUGUGCCAGGAGUCCCCGGUAGCGGACCAGGAGUAGCGGGACCCGCCUCCUGGAACCGCUCACUCGACCGAGCCCUGGAAGAGGCUGCAGUAACGGGGUUCCUCAACCUCAGCGGCAGAAAGCUAAAGGAGUUUCCGAGGAGUGCCGCCAACCACGACCUCACGGACACAACCCAGGCCGACCUGUCGCGGAACCGCCUGUCAGAACUUCCUGUGGAGGUGUGCCUGUUCGUCUCAUUGGAGAGCCUGAACCUAUACCAAAACUGCAUCCGCACCCUCCCUGAGACCAUGCUCAACCUGCAGGCUCUCACCUACCUCAACAUCAGUCGUAACCAGCUGUCCACACUACCAGCCCUGGUGUGCGGUCUGCCCCUCAAGGUCCUCAUCGCCUGUAACAACAAACUAGUCUCUCUGCCAGAGGAAAUUGGGCAGCUGCGGCAGCUCACAGAGCUAGAUGUUAGCUGCAAUGAGAUCCAAAUGCUGCCUUCUCAGAUGGGACAGUUGGAGUCAUUACGAGACCUCAACAUUCGCAGGAACCACCUAGCACGACUACCCCCAGAGCUGGCUGAACUUCCCCUGGUGCGGCUAGACUUCUCCUGUAACAAAGUGACAACGAUCCCAGUGUGUUACCGCAAUCUACGGCACCUUCAGAGCAUUGUCCUAGACAACAACCCCUUACAGAGCCCCCCCGCACAGAUCUGCAUCAAGGGGAAGAUCCAUAUAUUCAAGUACCUGAACAUGGAGGCGUGUAAGAAUGUGGCCGACCUGCCCGACUUCGACCGCCGACCUCUAGGCUUCGGCUCCUGCAUGGAGGAUCUAUAUCCUGGCCGGCUAUAUGGAGCAUUGGACUCUGGGUUCAACAGUGUGGACAGUGGGGACAAGCGGUGGUCAGGGAACGAGCCCACGGAUGAGUUGACGGACCUUCCCUUGCGAGUGGCGGAGAUCACAAAAGAGCAGAGACAGCGGAGAGAGAGGGAAAGAGAGGAAAGUAGGACUGGGGCACUGGUAUCCAAUGGUACAGUGGAGGCGGAGCUGGAACAGAUAGACUUCAUUGACAGCUGCGCAGGGGAGGACGAGGAGGAGGAGUCUCGGCACAGAGGGGCGGAGCCAGCAAGCCUCAGCUCACAGUUCAUGGCUUACAUAGAGAGGAGGAUUACCAGAGAGGGCUCUCCAGUAAAGUCCAGUCCCACCAGAGACCCAUUGCGGACAGAUGACCCCCGGAGACACCCCAUACUCCACAGCAGAAGCCUAGUGGACAGUGGGAGUACAUCGCCCUCUAUUGCUCAGAGCCAGCGGAUGUCAGGAGGGGUGGAGAGGGUGCGGCGUGAGGCCCAGAUCGCAGCGCUGCAGUACGAGGAGGAAAGGCAACGAACGCGGCACCUGCAGAGAGACGCCAUGCUCAGCUACGUCAAGCACAAAGCAGUUCAGAGUCCCUCAAAGCAGAGUCCCACAGAUAGCGAGAGCUCAUUCCCCUCCAGGCGCUCCACACAUACGGACGACUCCGCCCUCUUCAUGAACGGCUAUCAGCCCCUCAUGGUGUUUGAGAUAGACAAUAACACCAACACCAUAAAGAGGAGACCGGGCACCCACAAGCAGUCUCUCUCUGGGACAUCCCAUGACGGCUGUACUCCGCAUUCUCCUCCUGAUGUUUCUGCUGCUAAGCUUCCACAGGUUGCCCUCUCCUGUUCGUUGCAGAGUGAAGACCGCUCUACCCUGUCUCCCAGCUCGUCUCUUCCACCCUCAGCCCUCCAAUCGCCUUCCUACCCUGGCUCUGCUGCCCCACCCCCUUUCCGAGGUCCCGCCCUCCGACCUGACAGUUUCCUGUUUCGCCUCAGCAAGAGAGAGGAGAGUAGGAGAGCGGCAGGGUCCGCGGCCAUCAGGCCAGAGUCAGGCGGCGUGAGUCCUCCCAGCAGUGCUGCGCAGGGGGAGGAGGCUGAGCUCGUGGAGCAGCUGCGCAAGAGCAUCGAGUCCCGGCUGAAGGUGUCACUGCCCAGUGACCUGGGGGCAGCAUUGACGGACGGCGUGGUGCUCUGCCACCUGGCCAACCAUGUCCGGCCACGUUCUGUGCCCAGUAUCCACGUGCCCUCGCCUGCUGUGCCCAAACUGACAAUGGCGAAGUGUCGGCGGAACGUCGAAAACUUCUUAGAAGCGUGUCGGAGGAUUGGAGUGCCACAGGAACAACUGUGCUCGGUGGGUGCAGUGUUGGGAGGUGAGGGGGGCUACGUGUAUCAUACACUAGAGGCUCUUCUAUCUCUCAGCACACCCCCCUCAGCAGCCCCCCCUGGCCAGCUGGCCUGCUUUGCCCUCUUCUACCUCUCCGUCAUGUCGCUGCUGUGUGCCCUCUACUGCCACCUGGUGCCACGCUUCUGAACUGGCACGCACUGUGCUCUGUCACACGGUAUAUGUGCACGAUAUGCACGGUUGCGCACACACACAUUCUUACUUGUCUAGAAAUCAGGCAAGCACAAAGCACAAAAGCCAAUCAUGCAUCAUUCCUGCCCAGCAGGUGGACACACAGACACAGGCUGGAAAGUAAGGGAUUUUUCUCAAGCAUAACACAUAGCUUGUGUAUGACCCAUCACAGCUUGAAGUUUUAAAGCAGAGGGCAUUCAUGGGCAUAUAGCAUUCACUCUCACUUGUUUUAUGUGCACUUUUAAAAAAAAACACGGUUCCAUCCUAAUGUCUUCUUGGACUUUCACAAGUAGUGUGUGGACCUCCUGACCCUCAUUCAGUUACAGAGUGCCGAUACAGGCAAACAUGAAAAUGUGUCCCCAAGACUCCUUCCAUGAGACUGUUUCCCUGUGCACUGAGCACACGGCAUCCUAGUAUCAUGUCUUCAGACAGGAUCUGAUACAAGCACAACAAAUUAGACUUGUGGGGAGAGAUAAACAUAUUUGUAUAGCACUGCGCCUAAUGCAGACACCUCUAUUUGCAAAAACAGCUGUGCUCCCAUUCCAGUUUUAUGCACCUUAGAUAUACUGUAUUAGAUUAUGUCUUUCAAGCCACCACACAAAGACACAUCAUACAUAUACCAUACUGAAAACGCCCCCAUUCAACCCCUGUGCACAUCUGCAGUCUCCCGUGAACUCUGACUGGCCUACACUACAGCCUGUCCCAUCCUGAAAAGGAAACCCUGUAGCCCCCACCACAAGUUGGACUGUGCUUUGACGGGACCUCUGCUGUCUCUCUUCUUGUCACUAUUAUGGUGAACCCUGACCCCCAGCAGUCGCAGCAACCAGCACCGUCAGGGUGACAGUAUUUACAACACUCCUAACUGAAACAGGACACCAAAACUCUUCUGGUCCCUUGUUACUCAGCUAUAAUGUUUUGUAUCUUUAUUCCUUUGCACUGAUGGAUCACGCUUUCCCAUUCUUGUUCAAGACAAGGUUUCAGAAAGAUUUAUAGAAGGGCACUGAUGCCAUUGACAUGUGGUGUGAAUUAUUUGACCUGCCUGCACUUGCUGAAUCUUUUGCUAGCCUCUAGCUCUUUGGAGACUCCAUCUGUGGGACUAGACUGGGUGAUGUUUUGCGAGCUGGAAAGAGCACUGUGAUGCAAAGAGCAGCAUCUAGUCACAAACCCUCUUCCAGACCUCUGGGCAGACUGCUCCGCUGCACACACAAGUGUCUGGAAACUCAGCCUUGUGCAUCUUGUGCCUGACAGACAUUCAAAGAGGAAGGCUGGUAUUUUACAAAAAAGCAGUUUUGGAAGUGUUCUCGAAAAUAAGAGAAUUGCACUAAUUUUGGGAAUGUUUGUUUUGAAGUGGCAGAUCUUCUCGUUGACUGUUAUCACUAUUUUCCCUAAGAAGGAUGAUGGAAAUAGUAAUAUUUCCCAGGCCCCAGUCCCUGGCUUUGGUGUGUGGAGACUUUUCACAAGUAGUGUUCUCCCUGUGGCCCCUCUCACCCGCUCCCUGCUGCCCCCUGUGCCUUAUCGUGUGUAAAUGCAGCUGGGGUGCCGGUCAGUUCAGGACAACUGCUGUGCACAGAGGACUGGCAGUGUUUUCUCAAAGAAGGUCAGCUGCUCUCAAACAGAUUUUUUAUGCGGGAGCAAAUACCAGUGUGGAUUCUUCUGCGAAGACCUGUUCAGUUUUAUUUCUUUUAUUUCUUCUUGUGAGUCUCUGUGAGUGAAAAGUCCUGCAGGUGCAUGUUGGACUGGUACUUCUCCUUUUGGGCGUUCAGAAAGUUGUUCAGAGAAGAGGCCCUGCUAGCUGCCUCAAACCUGACCACCAACCAGCUCUCUUCUGCCCUUCCUCUCCACAGUGAUACAGGGGGUCAGACCCUGACCAGCAGAGAGCUGACAGUCCCCAAUGCCCCUUGACCACUACACACUGCUCAUAUGACUCCCAAGCUUUGACUCUGUGCACACGUUGAUUCCACUAACACACUGGUGUGCUCACAGUAUGCCUGCUAUAGAAUGUGCAACGUAUCUUCACAGUUAUGAUGUGCAGCGUUUUUUUUAACUAAAUGAAGAAAUCAGGGAAUGAGUUUGAUUGCGCUGCAAGCGAGAGUGUGUCAGACAGGUCCAGUGAAACAGUGUUGCAGUGUGUGUGUGAAAAACAGAGGGAGGUAAAUGGAUUAAAUAGGCUUACAUACCCUUUCCCUCUGUGUCACUGACUGCUUGUUCUAUUUAUGCUUGUCAUAAUCUUGACCUGUCCAUCUGUCUGUGUGCCUCUGGUUCUCUACUAUGUGCCUCUUCUCCUGUGUAAGGUUUACCUAACAGUCUCUCUUCCCAGGGCUCUGCCCUUUUUCCUAAAAAAAUAAAAAUCAAAAAAUCAAAUCAAA